AUGCCUCGAACCGAUAUCUCCUUCAAGACCUUCGACGGAGUGACCCUUCGCGGGUGGUUCUUCACCCCUGAGUCGUCCACCAGCGGCUCUUCAACAGCUACGAAACUCCCAUGCCUUAUUCUCACCCACGGCUUGUCGUGCAUCAAGGAAAUGGGCCUGUCAGAGCUCGCCACCAAGUUCGCCGAGGAACUACACAUCACCUGCCUCGUUUACGACCAUCGAGGAUUCGGCGCCUCCGACGUCGUGCCAGGCCAGCCUCGGCAGGAGGUCAUCACCUGGCUGCAGAGCAAUGACAUGCGGGACGCCAUCACAUACGUGCAAACCAGGGCGGAAGUCGAAAAGUCGAAGAUUGCGCUGUGGGGAUAUUCCCUCUCCGCGGCCGAGGCAGUGUAUGUCGCUGCAAUUGAUCGACGGGUCAAAGCGGUGGUCGCGCUGGGGCCGGGCAUGGAUGGCACCGAGAUCGUGAGGAGAAUGGCACCGCCCCAUGCCAUGUUGGUCAUGCAGACCAUGUUUGAAAUGGACCGUCUCGCGCAGGCCGAGGGCAAGGAUCCGAUCAAGGUGCCCGUCGUGAGCAACGAGCCUGGGGUGCAGGCGACGUUGCCGAGUCAGGAGUCGUGGAACUUCUUCUCCAAAUGGGAGAACAGCGGGUCGACUUGGAAGAAUGAGUUGACACUGCGAACACUUGACGACAUCUCUACGUUCGCGCUCCCCGUAUCACAUCUCGACAAGGUGACUCCGACGCCCGUCCUCUUUGAAGUAGCCGCGAGGGAUACCAACAGUCCUCCCGACAUGACCAUGAGGUGGUACGCGAAGCUGAGCGAGCCGAAGGAAGUCGUUCUGGUGGAUGCGGAUCAUUAUGAGUUGAUGGGUUCGGCGAGAGAUAUGUUACAUCCUAAGGAAGUGGCAUUUCUCAAGAGAACGAUUUGUUCGUGA